AUGUGGAUCAUCAACUGGUUCUACGAUAUUCUCGCCUCCCUCGGCCUCCUCAAUAAACAUGCCAAACUUCUGUUCCUUGGCCUCGACAAUGCAGGAAAGACGACGUUAUUACACAUGUUGAAGAACGACCGAGUUGCGAUCCUCCAGCCCACGUUACAUCCUACUUCUGAAGAACUAGCUAUCGGCAACAACAGAUUUACAACGUUCGAUCUUGGAGGCCAUCAACAGGCCCGCCGUUUAUGGCGUGACUACUUCCCCGAAGUGUCAGGCAUCGUCUUCCUCGUCGAUGCCAAAGAUCACGAACGUCUUCCUGAAUCCAAAGCCGAACUCGACGCCCUGCUCGCCAUGGAAGAUCUCGCAAAGACUCCCUUCUUGAUCCUGGGCAACAAGAUCGACCACCCCGAUGCCGUUUCUGAGGAUGAGUUGAGACACCAGCUUGGUCUGUAUCAGACGACAGGAAAGGGAAAAGUGCCCCUGGAAGGAAUCAGACCGAUUGAGGUGUUUAUGUGCAGCGUCGUCAUGAGGCAGGGGUAUGGCGAAGGUAUCAGAUGGCUGUCGCAAUAUGUCUAG